UCCCCAAUUGAGCAGUUACCUCAGCAAAGCUUUCGGAGGCGGGCAAACACACUGAGUCAUUUGCCAACAGAAAGCCAGGAAUCUCUGGUACCUGUUGAAACAUCACCGUCUGUUCCCCAGAGGAAACUUAUGAGUUCUUCUGGUCAACUUGCACGUUCUCCUACUCUAACUCGUCUUAACCCUUCGGCCUCUUCACCCAACUUCUUUAAAUAUCUAAGGCAUAAUUCAAGCGGAGAACAAAGUGGGCAUUUUGCGCAAAAGAGCAUCUCCUACCGUACUGCCUUAAGGAAAAAGCUUCAUUCUUCUUCUUCUGUGCCAAAUUUCUUAAAAUUUCUGGCUCCUGUAGAUGAAAAUAACACCUCUGACUUUAGGAGCACAAGUGACUAUGAAUCUAAACACAGCCAGCAGGCCAUUGGUGAGGACAGCCCUGUAAGGACACGACGGCAUUCAUGGAGGCAACAGAUAUUCCUGCGAGUGGCAACCCCUCAGAAAGCAUGUGAUUCUCCCAGUCGAUAUGAUGAUUACUCCGAACUGGGAGAACUUCCACCCAGAUCCCCAUUGGAACCAGUGUGUGAAGAUGGCCCCUUUGGGCCAGUGAAAGAAGAAAGGAAACGGACACCCCGUGAGCUUCGUGAGUUGUGGAAGAAAGCUAUUAUUCAGCAGAUACUUCUUCUUAGAAUGGAGAAAGAAAACCAGAAGUUACAAGCUUCAGAAAACAAUUUGCAGAACAGACGUCUGAAACUUGAUUAUGAAGAAAUCACACCAUGCUUAAAAGAGGUAACUUUGAUUUGGGAAAAAAUGCUGAGUACACCUGGAAGGUCAAAGAUUAAAUUUGAUGUGGAAAAAAUACACUCUGCUGUGGGGCAAGGAGUACCACGUCACCACCGUGGUGAGAUCUGGAAGUUUCUAGCAGAGCAAUACCAUCUUAAACAUCAGUUUCCCAGUAAACAACAACCGAAGAACACACCUUAUAAAGAGCUCCUAAAACAACUAACUUCCCAACAACAUGCAAUACUUAUUGACCUAGGACGCACAUUUCCAACACAUCCGUACUUCUCAGCACAGCUGGGAGCUGGGCAGCUGUCACUCUACAAUAUUUUGAAGGCCUAUUCACUUCUGGACCAGGAAGUAGGAUAUUGCCAGGGCCUUAGUUUUGUAGCAGGAGUUCUGUUACUUCAUAUGAGUGAAGAAGAUGCUUUUAAAAUGCUGAAGUUUCUCAUGUUUGAUGUGGGCCUGAGAAAACAAUAUCGUCCUGACAUGACAAUUUUACAGAUCCAGAUGUAUCAACUGUCUCGACUUCUUCAUGACUACCAUCGAGAUCUCUAUAACCACCUAGAGGAACAUGAGAUUGGCCCCAGCCUCUAUGCUGCUCCCUGGUUUCUCACCAUGUUUGCCUCCCAGUUUCCCCUUGGAUUUGUAGCCAGAGUGUUUGAUAUGCUCUUUCUUCAAGGAUCAGAGGCUAUAUUUAAAGUGGCUUUAAGCCUUUUGGGAAGCCACAAGCCAUUGAUUCUGCAGCAUGAGAACCUAGAAACUAUUGUUGAUUUUAUUAAAAGCACUCUCCCCAACUUGGGUUUGGUACAGAUGGAAAAGACUAUUAGUCAGGUGUUUGAAAUGGAUAUUGCCAAGCAGUUGCAAGCUUAUGAAGUUGAAUAUCAUGUGCUUCAGGAUGAGCUUAUAGAUUCUUCUUUGAAUGACAAUCAGAGACUGGAUAAAUUAGAAAAAGCAAACAGUAGCUUGCGCAAACAAAACUUUGAUCUUCUGGAAGAACUGCAGGUGGCCAAUGGAAAGAUCCAAAACCUUGAAGCCACAGUAGAGCUUUUAUUGACCAAUGAAGGCAAAUUGAAGCAGUCCAUUCUCACGCUUGAGCAGGAGCGAGCAGCUUUGUUGAAAACAGUGGAAGAGAUGAAGAAAAAGAUUGGUGAUGCAGAUGGGAAGCCUCUGCUUACUAGACAAGGACAUAUGGUUGCGGACUGACAUUCACAGUAGUAAUGGAGCAGAGAAGCUGAGCAAGAAACAAAGGGAAGAACUGGGUCUUUCUGUCAUGAUCCGUGGGGAUUUGACAUUAUCAUUUUCAUUGUACAUGCCUUACUCUGUAGCAAAGCAAGGUAUAGGCAUGGUGGCUUCCUGUAUCAGAGAAGCUGGUUUCUCAUGGAGAAGGCUCGCUCUUAAUAUGCAGAAAUACAGUAAGAUACCACAUAAUAAUAAGCAGGAAAAGCUUAAUAGCAUGUGCAGUCAUACACAAUAUGCUUUAAAGAUGUUAUGGAUUUUUCCGUAAGUGCUUUUAAACCUAAGUGCUUUGUGUUUGUCACAGAUUUUGUUUGUGUGUAGAUCACCACCGUUGUUAAAUGUACAUCCUUUAGAAGGCCUGUUGAAGAAAUAUGGCAAUGUAAAGCCUUAGAAUGAAUGACUGCCCCAUUGCAGCUAUGCAGCGAUAACAUUUACAGUUUUGUGAUUGGACUGGAGAUACUUUUGACAGUGUAAUUCCCCUACAGCUUGACUGGGUUCUGUUAAUUAUGUUGUUUGUGCUUCAGAAAACUGCUUCCUAAUGCUUGAAGGUGCCAAUCCAUUGGACUUCAGAGAGUUGGACUUCAUCAUAUGUAACUAUGCAUAACUGGGGGGCUGCCAUCUGUUUUUACAUUGGUUUAGUAUAUUUUUUGUUUAUCAACCAUUAAUUUAGUAUGUUGUUAGUUGGCAUUAUCUGAUAAACAUACUGUAUAUAGUAACUGUAUUAUGCGUAAAAAAAUACACUGACAUUGGUUUGGUGAAGCCUGUGACUUUUGCGACAUCAUCCAAGGAUUUAUAUUCAUACUCUUCAAAUUUCAUCUUAUUUAUUUCUGAUCUGCAGUGUGAUGUAGGACAACCUUUUCCUGGGAAACUAAUGCCCACUGUCAUGUGUUUUUUUUUCCUUUAUUCAGGCAUUUCAAGAUCUUCAUGUUGUGCCAGAUGUGCUUAAACUGUUUUAUAAAGAGUAUGGCAUUCUUUUUACAAUUCAUCUUUCGAGUAAGAUUACACAUGUAGAAACAAAUAUUUCUCUCUUUCCUUAAUACAAUGAAAGUAGUUUUCAGGCCAGUUAAAGUACCACUGCUACAAGUGCAAUAAUAUCCAUGGAUAUCCAUUUGUUUGGGUUUGCUUCAGAAUCAGGAAUAGUGUCAUAGUUUUGUCCAGUCCCCAGGCACAGAGGUAAUAGGCAUCAGUGUUUUGUUAUGGUGGAGAUUGAUUUAGGAGAUGGGGGGGGGGGGGGUAUUUCUGUCUUUACUUUUAAAUUUUCAAAGCACACAGUGUUUUCUCUGACUGGCAGUGUAGAAAAGGUUUUGGUUUACUUUUUCCUUUUCUCAUGCAAACCCACCUGACACAUUGUGGUUGUAGUUUAAUAGCAGACCUGUAACAUUCAUCUACAGUGCAGGACAAAUACCUCUAUGUAGGUCAAAAAGAAAAAAGAUCAUUUACUCUUCAAUUUCUAGAAGCUUUGUUUGACUCUGUUGUUUCUUAAAUAUGUCUGGUUCUUGCAAAUCCACUCUGUAUUCACUUAGUAUGGAAAUUCCAGAUAAAUCAGUUAUUAUUAAUCUAUUUACCCCUUAGGUUUGGCUUUUUAUUUGGAAAUCAUAUUGAAGCUCAUGCUUCAUGUUUAAAACCUGUCAUAAUGGACCUUAUACUUUUAGAGCACUCAGUAGUGUUGCAUUUUUACAGCGUAGUGCCAUAAUUCAUACACUGACUUUUUAACAAGAAUAAUAAAUAUAAUAAUAAUCUA